CCUCCACUCAGUGUCCUCCACCCCUCUCUGCCAAUCCCUCCACUGGCUUCCACUCAGUGUCCUCCACCCCUCUCUGCCAAUCCCUCCACUGACCUCAAUUCAGUGUGCUCCACCCCUGUCUGCCAAUCCCUCCACUGGCCUCCAUCAGUGUCCUCCACCCCUCUCUGCCAAUCCCUCCACUGGCUUCCACUCAGUGUCCUCCACCCCUCUCUGCCAAUCCCUCCACUGGCCUCCACUCAGUGUCCUCCACCCUCUCUCUGCCAAUCCCUCCACUGGCUUCCACUCAGUGUCCUCCACCCCUCUCUGCCAAUCCCUCCACUGACCUCAAUUCAGUGUGCUCCACCCCUGUCUGCCAAUCCCUCCACUGGCCUCCAGUCAGUGUCCUCCACCCUUGUCUGCCAAUCUUUCCACUGGCCUCCAGUCAGUGUCCUCCACCCCUCUCUGCCAAUCCCUCCACUGGCUUCCACUCAGUGUCCUCCACCCCUCUCUGCCAAUCCCUCCACUGGCCUCCACUCAGUGUCCUCCACCCCUCUCUGCCAA